AUGAACGAGUUCUGCCUCCCCACGCUUUCUGCGUUCUCCUCUCCAACAUUUGUUCGGUCCCGCUGCGUACUCGGUUGUGCUUUGGCCCUCGGACCUCAGAACUUCUGGGCUUCCUACUUCCUACCUGUGUGGGACAAGGAAAGCGCUCUGGGGCCCGCGGGGCAGGUGGGCGGGGCCGGGAGUUCACAGUUCACAAAGCUCCGGCUCACACUAACGUCAGGGGCGGGGCGGAGGCAGGACGCGGGCUCUUGGGGACCUGCAGCGGGGACGCAGCAUAGCAGAGGCGCAACUCUGGCUCGGGAGCCGGCCUUCCUCUGCGCGUUCCGUUUUCGCCUGAGUGCCCCCGGGCAACCCAGGAGAGUCACUGACGCUUCCAGUUUCGCCGCCCGCGGGCGGGGUGGGGACUGUCGGGCCACGGCGGAGAGACCUUCAUCAUGUCAGACGAUAAAGCACUUGCGCGAGGUGCCGGAGACCAAGAUGAUAACAGGUUCUGCAUCCUCGGAGUCAACCAACCGUGGGUCAUCUGACUGUAUUAAGAGCUUAGAAGAUGCCUGGUGGUGGUGCAGUGUAGAAGACUCCAUGCUCCCAAUGCAGGGGCCCAGGGCUUCCCUGGUGGCGCAGUGGUUGAGAAUCUGCCUGCUAAUGCAGGGGACACGGGUUCGAGCCCUGGUCUGGGAAGAUCCCACAUGCUGCGGAGCAACUAGGCCCAGGAGCCACAACUACUGAGCCUGCGUGUCUGGACCCUGUGCUCCGCAACAGGAGAGGCCGCGAUAGUGAGAGGACCGCGCACCGCGAUGAAGAGUGGCCCCCGCUUGCCGCAACUAGAGAAAGCCCUCGCACAGAAACGAAGACCCAACAUAGCAGUCAAUCAAUCAAUCAAUCCAAUAAAU